UUUGCCGUUCCACUUGCGCCGGUCGUUAUAUUCCCGCGUCCACCAAAACCGUUGCCGCCCUUUUUGUUUUUCGUCGCCACGGAGCAGGAUCGAGCGCGAGCGACGCAGAUGAAGGCAGCAGAGGACGCGGCGGGCCCGGAGGCGACGCCGACGGCGGCGGCGCAGACGGUCUGGUACGACCCCAUGUCAUCGCCGCAGGCGCCGGCGCCGCAGCAGCAGCCGGCGAUAGAGGCUGCGGCGCCGACCUCGCCGUCGGUGAGCUCCGAGGCGCGGCCUCUCAGGGUGUACGCCGACGGCAUCUACGAUCUCUUCCACUUCGGCCACGCGCGCGCGCUCGAGCAGGCUAAGAAGUCAUUUCCCAACACCUACUUGCUGGUAGGUUGCUGCAGCGAUGAGAUCACCCACAUGUACAAAGGGAAGACCGUCAUGACCGAGGACGAGCGCUACGAAUCGCUUCGGCAUUGCAAGUGGGUCGACGAGGUCAUACCAGACGCUCCAUGGGUGAUCAACCAGGAGUUCAUCGACAAGCACAACAUCGACUACGUCGCUCACGACGCGCUCCCAUAUGCUGACACGAGUGGAGCUGCCAACGAUGUCUACGAAUUCGUGAAAUCCAUUGGGAAGUUCAAGGAGACGAAGCGCACCGAGGGCAUCUCGACGUCGGACAUCAUCAUGAGGAUCUUGAAGGACUACAACCAGUACAUCAUGCGGAACCUGACCAGGGGCUACAGCCGCAAAGACCUCGGAGUCAGCUACGUUAAGGAGAAGCAGCUGAGGGUCAACAUGGGGAUCAGCAAGCUGAGGGAGAAGGUGAAGGAGCACCAAGAGAAGUUCCACAGCGCGGCCAAGAUUGCUGGAACCAACCCCGUGGAGUGGAUGGAGAAUGCCGACCGUUGGAUCGUCGGGUUCCUCGAGAAGUUCGAGGAAGGAUGCCACAUGAUGGAAACCGCCAUUAAAGGUCGAAUUCAGGAGGGUCUGAAGAGGCAAGGCAGGUCAGAGUCGAACCUUUCCGGAGAGGACUCCGACUCGUAAUAAUGGUCUGUAGUAUCCAAAUCAAACUAGACGGAAGCAGGACUGGAGGUCAUACUCGCGCAGUCUGUGUAACAGUGUGAGAUUGAUUAGCAUGUUUUUGUAGGAGAUCAGGAACCAUACCAGGAGAUUAUGUACUGAUGUUAAGAACAAUCGUAUUUAUGCAUGCAAUUCGUUGUUGUUUCUUGUUGGAA